AUGUUAUCCCGAGCAAAUCUCCUGAUUCAAAGGGACUUUGAGGAUUUAAAAGAGAAGCCGUAUGAGGGAAUUGAAAUUGAUUUAAUUUCUCCUGAUGACGUAUAUGAAUGGACAGUUAAAAUAAAAGGAAACCAAGGAUCAAUUUGGGAAGGUGGGAUAUUUAUUUUAAUUCUGAAGUUUGGGGAACAAUAUAAUGAAAUGCCUCCUGAAGUAUUUUUUUACACUGUUCCAUUUCACCCAAAUGUUGAUCCAGUCUCUGGAUAUAUAGGACUUGAUUUAUUAAACUCAAAAAGAUGGGAAACUUCUCGUAGCAUUCUAAAAGUACUAUCUGAUAUUCAGGAUCUUCUCUGCCAUCCUGUACUAGAAAGGAACAUCUUGAAUAAGCAAGCAAAAGACAUGUAUAUAGAAUCACCCCAUGCUUACAGGCAGAUUAUUGCUGAUUGUGUAAGACACAGCCAACAAAUUGAGCUUGGCCUUAAUCCUGACAUUGAAGAUGAAUACAAGUCUUUGAAGCAGAUUCCUGUUUUGAAUCAAGGCACAGAAAACAUGCAAGUAACACAGAAAACACAUCGUAACUUUAACAAAGUCUCUUUUGAAGAUUAUCACUUCACCUGGUCAGAUAUUGCAACUUGUAAAGCAAAAGCAGACUUAGAAAAUUCUUAUCUUGAAAGUUUAAAGAAAAAUUCCAAAUUGUAUGAAAUGCACACUGGACAAAAACUGGAAAAACUAUCAGAGCAAAUUUCACCAGAACAGCAAGAAGAGUUGUCCAUUUUAAUGUAUGGUAAUUUUAAACAGAACAAGAUAAAGGACAAUAAAAAAGAACGUUUAACAAAUCUGAGAAAAAUGAAAAAACUUUAUUUGCACAGUUUGUCAGAUCAGAUGAAUGCAGCUCUAAAGAACUCAAGUGCACGAUUAGAACCAAACGAUAAUGAAGUGAAUGACUUAUUGAAAUGGUCAUCCAAUUUAGAUUGCAGCCGCUUAGAUAACCACUAA